AUGGGGGUGUACCAGGCAUUUUGCAAGGAGGAAAGAGUAGGGUGAGGGGGUGGAGGAUGGACUGUAGGUAUCUUCAGUUGUUGGCUAAUGUAUUUGUACUUGGUAAACACAUAAUGUCUUUUAAAGUGCAGUUUGACCUCCAUUUAGUGCCACCUAAUAAGAGGCCAGCAAUCAAAGUCAUGACAAGUCAUGAUUUUUCUAUUUGAUUCUCAGUCUCAAAAUGACUUUUUAGAACAUGCUGACAGUUUAUUGGUUGGAAGGGAUGUGUAUUCUGUGGGAAAAUUCAGAAGAGGCUUCAAUGAGAAGAACUUAGCUAAUUUCGCAAAACUGUCGUGCACUAUUGAACUUAGACUUUGCGCCAAUGCUACAUUAGGGCGUUUGUACUUUUUCUGUAUUACACGGUGACUUUGGAGGCUCGAAGAGUUUUCAAGCAUCUUACAAAUGUACACUCAGUUAGUUAUGCUGUCCAUGGAAAUUGAGAAACAGAUUGUUUUCCAUACUAAUAACUUAGCCUCCUUUAGAAAGAAAUGGGCUACUUUCAAACAAUGUCCAUCAGAAAAAUAAUUUAAUCUACUGGUAAUCAACAAAAAUUAAUAAAGUGCAAGUAAAAGGAGGGCAGAUGGGGAGAGAGGACCAAAAGGCAGGCAGCCUUCUUGUGAUUGUCAUUGUAGUCCUUUUUUGUCUUUGUUUUUGUCUUCUAUUAUUUCUCUUUUUUUCCCUUUUGAUAAAAUUGUUAGCUAAUGUAAAGUAACAUUAGUAACCGAGAAGUAGGCUUAAUUGUAAUGAAUUUUAACUGUUUGUAAAGAGUAAAGGGGAAAAACGUUUUCAAGUACUUGCCAGGAAUUUUGGUUGUUGAUCUUGUGCAAGCUUAUGGGUUCCUGGUGCAUGUGAUAAAUCAUUAUGUUCACCUUAAUUCUGUGAUAUGAAGAACGAAAUUUUCAUUCUCUCUUUCCGUUUUAGACGCCAUCGAUGUCCUCAUGAAGGUGCCAGCCCAAACCGAAUUGUUAACAAGUCCAUGCAGGAUCGGUGUAACGUGAACUCCGAGUACAAAACAAGUUACAAGCCGGGAGAACGAACCAGGGGACCUUUUCACCGUCCAACCGAUCUACUUCACAGCAAAGGAGACUUAGAAAAAGAAACAACCCAAAGGCUUGAUUUUGUCCCGUUUGAGGUUAGUCCUCCAAAGAAGAAGGAACCUGAGAAGUACUUUCCUAACCCAAACCCGUUUGAAACCGUGUCGGAACACCGGGAUCACUAUCGCGGGGUCCGUGCCAAAGCUGCUAAAAUACCCCCGUACCUUCGUGGGGAAACCAUGCGUGCCCCUUCAGCAAAAGUGGUGUACAGAUCUAUCGCGCAUGACGAUUACAAAGGAUGGACGCCAGAAGUGCACCGUGUGACGCGUAGUAACUCGUACGCGCCGCCUACUGACCCGUUUAGAGAGACAUCUAUCCACCGGCAGGACUACCAAAGGUUUAAUCAGCCACCGCGCCCUACAGCACGCCAGCCAGACAAGAUCAGAUAUGAAGGUCCUCUAUCGUCCACUACCAAUUACAGAACGGACUUCAAGAAUAAGGAGAUACCGCAGAGAUUUCAGCGCAAACCUGAAGAGCGUGUUCCGCCAGCAGAGCCGUUCAACAGCAACUCGGUUUUCAAAGAAGAUUUUGUGGAUCUACGCGGUGCGCCAAAGGCUCCCAUAUUUAACCCUAAAAGCGAUCUGUUUAAAACCAACCAGCCCAUGCAGCAGAUGACAACCAAAAGAGAAGAUUAUAAGACUUGGGAGGUAUCACCGCGCAAGCAACAUGAACCGGAGAAAUACAAAGCUCCAGAUGGAACCAUGGACUGUCAGACAACACACAUGGAUUAUGCGAAUUUUGGAAAGAAAGCUAUUCCAGCCCGUACCGCAAGACCGCGUACCAAGCUACGAUUUGGACGAGAAGAAGCGCUCGAUGAUAAAACCAACUACGGCUUGAGCUUCAAAUGGUUCUACGAACCUAUUGUGCAUUCAAAGGGCCCAGGAAUUAAGAAUGAAAUAUUUCCCCCAGUCCAAGAGAAGAGUCCCGAGAAGUCGGAAUUCCUUGAUAAAUAUAAGAGGUUUAAUGUAAUACCCCCCAGGAUGUUUCGUGACAGGAGUGCCCUGUUCAAGACUUCGGAGGCACUGGCCAAGGAUACGGUAUACGAUGAUGACUACUCAUGGCCCCAGGUCACGUGUCCAUCGGAAGCGCUAAUGAAAGGAAAAGGAACGUUUGUGUUUGAUCAUGAAACUGAGAUGGGACAUAAAGUGUAUUCAUUGGCUGGGAAAUCACAUAGUUCUGACAUCGCAGUAGCAUAG